UUCUAAUUUUUAUCUUGAAAGGUGCUUUACAAAUAAAGUUUAUUAUUAUUAUUAUUUUAUUAUUAACUGUAUUUAAAAAUUGUAGAAUUAGCCUUUACCUAAACUGUUAUUUUAAUGAGGAGCAUAUUUCAAGCAAAUAUGACGUCACUCUUUUAGUUGUCUUCACGGAGCCUUGCCGUUUAACCAAUCACUGCAGGCUUCAGCUCGUCCUAUCAGAGACGGUUAUAAACUUGAUUCUAGAUAAACUGAUCCCAAGUCAGUGUCCAUCAGCACCGGUACAGAAGUCCUCAUUAAAGUCGCAGGGAUGGUUCUGUUCUUAUGUAACACUAUUUGUUCUCUUCGGAACCGACUGUCAACAGGUUGGACUUCAAUGCAAGACUUUUCUUCAAUUUCGUCCCUGUUUCCCCGUUGCUGUGCGCUACAUCUGAGUAUAUCCCUUAUCCAAAGGAGAAGCGGACGACUGCAUCCACAGAGUUUCUCAUUUUUACGAGGGUAUAGCUCAAAUAAGCCACCCAAAGAUCAAAGCGACAGAAAUGAUCCACAUAGAGACAGGCAUGACAAUGAAAAGGACCAAAGACGACAAAGAAGAACAAAGGAAGGAUCACAGUGGUGGAAACAGUUUCAGGAAGAUUUUCCAUUGGACAGAAGAGCGUUUCAGAACCUUGCAGUUGGUGCAGCAGGCAUGGCCACAGCUUUUGUCUACUUCCACUUCAGAGAAACUGGAGUCCAGGUCUCCUGGAAAGAUUUUGUUGACCGAUACCUGAGCAGGGGCUUGGUGAGAGACAUGGAACAUUUCAUUUUCACAUUUGUCAGUGUCUCCACACAAUAUGUUCUUGUAAUCUCUGCUCAGGUGGGACGCAUGGAAGUUGUCAAUAAGGAGUAUGUGAAAGCAUUUCCAGCCGACGGAGUGAACUCAUCAGAGGUGAAUUACUUGUGGUUCAACAUAGGCAGUGUGACUUCAUUUGAGCAUAACCUGGAGUUAGCUCAGCAGGAAAUGGGUCAGAGCUCCAUGGACAAAAUUCCUGUCCUCUACACCAAUGAAAGUGACGGGACAAUCUUUUUCAGUAUUCUCCCCGUCUUACUCCUGGUUGGCCUUUUCCUUGUUUCCAUGCGGCAGGGCCCUGUGGUUGGAGCGUGUAGCAGCAGAGUUAAAGGAAACUCUCUCACUGUGAGUGAAUCCAAAGCCAGAACAGUUAAAGAUAACAUCUGUGUCCGUUUUGAGGAUGUUGCAGGCUGUGAAGAUGCCAAACUAGAGAUCAUGGAGUUGGUCAACUUUCUAAAGCACCCACAUCAGUACAGAGACCUGGGAGCCAAGACCCCUAAGGGCGCACUGUUAACAGGUCCACCUGGAACUGGAAAGACUCUGCUGGCAAAGGCCACUGCCGGAGAGGUUGACGUUCCCUUCAUCUCAGUCAACGGCUCUGAGUUCCAGGAAGUGUUUGUGGGCGUGGGCCCAGCGAGGAUAAGGGAUUUAUUCGUCAAAGCUCACAGCAUGGCCCCCUGCAUCCUUUUCAUUGAUGAGAUUGAUGCAGUCGGCAGAAAGAGGGGCUCUGGGAACUACAUGAACCAGAGUGAACAGGAAAACACUCUGAAUCAGUUGCUUGUAGAAAUGGAUGGGUUCAAUAGUAGCACCAAUGUCGUGGUGUUAGCCAGCACAAAUCGAGCCGACAUUCUGGAUCCAGCUUUGAUGAGACCUGGACGCUUUGACCGACACAUAUAUUUGGGCCCACCGGAUCUAAAAGGGAGAGCUUCCAUCUUCAAAGUGCACUUGAGACCUUUGAAACUGUGUACUGGUAUAGAUGUAGAAACUUUGUGCAGACAUUUAGCUGCUCUUACUCCAAGUUUUACUGGGGCUGAAAUUGCUGGUGUGUGUAAUGAGGCUGCUCUUAUUGCGGCACGUCAUCUCAACCAGUGCAUCAACACGGAGCACUUUGAGCUUGCAGUUGAGAGGAUCAUUGGAGGUGUGGAGAAAAAGAUGCAGAUACUUCAGCUUGAAGAAAAGACCACUGUUGCAUAUCAUCAAGCUGGCCAUGCUGUUACAGGCUGGUUCCUCAAGCACGCUGACCCCAUUUUUAAGUUGUCCAUCGUUCCUCGUGGGAGAAGCUUGAGCUCCUCACAGUAUCUUUGUAAAGAGCAGCACCUGUUCAGCCAGGACCAGCUGUUUGACAGGAUGUGCAUGAUGUUGGGCGGUCGAGUUUCUGAACACAUUUUCUUUCAUCGAAUCACAAGUGGAGCACAUGAUGACCUCAGGAGGGCCACAGAGUUGGCCUACGCUCAGAUUGUGCAGUUUGGAAUGAACAAAGCAGUGGGUCCAGUUUCCUUUGACCGCCCUCAGCAGGGAAACACACUAUGUGAGCGGCCCUUUGGUGAAUCUACAGCCCAGCUCAUAGAUCUGGAGGUCCGCUCGCUCAUAGACGCUGCCUUCCACCGAACACAUCAGCUUCUAGUCGACAAGAAGGAAAUGGUGGAAAAGGUGGCAAAAUGCCUUCUAGAAAAGGAGAUUCUGGACAGAACUGACCUGGUGAAGCUUCUAGGACCACGCCCCUUUAGAGAAGUUCCUCAACUCCUCCUCAAUUUAAACUCUUCAUUUGAGAAUGACUCUUCCAUGUCCAAAGAAACAUCUUCCGUAUCAACAAAAUGAACCAGGCACAGAACCUUUUUAGUAAGUGCUCCGAUCUGAAGGACAUUCUGCUUCCAAAGAAAACAUUGUCAUUCAGACUAUGAUGACAAAUGCAGGAACUGAAAAGUAUUUUUAAAGGAAAGUUCUUUAUAUUAUCCUGAUGGUGACAUGUGAGCGUAAUCUGCCUUAAAGUUCAGUUAGUCACAAGGAAAGAAGUUAAAGCUUCAGUUCAACCAGCUCAGUGGCCGGGUAUCUGCCCUGUUGUGGGUUCGAAUCCAUGCUGGGUCAUACAAAAGCCACUAAAGGUGGCAUCCAAAGCCUUUUUGCUUGACACUCACCAUUUCAGAGGCCGGAUUGAGGGGUUAAACCACCAAAUGGUUUCCUGGUGUGGCUGUGGCUGAAGCGCAACGCUUCCCCAGUGGAUGGGUCAAAUAAAAAUAUAUUAUAUAGUCUUUAUUUAUCUAUAUAAAUUUAAACUUGCACAACAACUUCAUAGUAAAUGUUACUGUUUAUUUUUUUUGAUUAACCAUGUGUUUGAGAAACUGCCUGGUAGAGUAUAUGAACAAAUAUUAAUUAUUUUUAUUAGCCACAUCCAUAAAUUUUUACACCAAUGAUUUGAUGCCAAAUGUAGGAAUGUACAUUUAUGAGUUUGAUCAUGUUUGAGCUGCAGCUUUGAUUCAGUUUUCAAUUGACAGAAAAUACUAAUUUUUUUCUUGUGAUCCCUUUUCUGUUAGAGGUUUACUUCAAAUGUGACUGCACCCUAAAAGCUUGUUUCAUAAAACAGCUAGCUGUUGAGUGUCAUUUUGUAAAUCUCCAGCACAUGAACCUACGUGUCAUUCAUCGGGAAAGAUUAUAUUUAGAUCAUGUUUUAGCCUAUCAAAACAUAAAGAAAACUUUUAAAAUCAUUCUGAAAUUAUCUGAUAAAUCAUUACUCUUGUAACAUUUUAUUGUUGUUUUAUCAGUCAUUUUAUAUUUGUUUUACAAGAUUUUGUGUUAUGCUACAUGCGAAAAGUGCUAUACAAAUAAAGAUUGAUUUG